AUGAGGAUUGCGACAACUACGAACUCAAUCGUGACGACCGUGAAGCCACGCAUGCUGCAUCGCAAGUCCAACCAGUUCAGCCAGCACGUGAACCAAGCAUUCCGAGGGAAGUACCAACUGGCCAAGGCAUCACUACAUAACGUAGAUCCGAGUGGAAAAUUCUCCUCUUCUUUGGCUCCAGAAAUUCAGUAA